AUGAAUGUCGAGGCGUUGGUUCUCUUCUGUCUUGUCGCUCGUGUCCUGGCUGGUGCUGGACGGGACGUGGACGGUGCUAGACGGGACUUGGACGGUGCUGGACGGGACGUGGACGGUGACGGACGGGAGGUUGACGGAGUGGGAGGCCGGCAAGUGACCGAAGUGGACGGCUAUUUGAACACGGUGGAGCAGCUGGUGACGCAGGUGGUGGAGGAGGACCUGGGUAGAUGCCAUCUGGUGGUGGUUCACGCCGGAGACACCUCACCCCUCCUGCACCACACACUCAGACGUUUGUGGGGCGUGGUGAGAGUUGGCGUGGUGAUGGUGGAGGCGAGGGCGGCGGUGGAGCAACGGGCGGCAGCACAGGAUCACCUCCUUCGGGAACUCUGGGGGGAAGCUAAGUUCACCUGUCGUGCCCUUGUGUUGGAUCUCACCAGUAACGACAAAGAUGAUGACACGCUUCUUAUAUUAAGGUUACUGGAGACAGUAGGGUUGUGGCAGCUGCCUGAGACGCGGGUGGUGGUGGUGGGAGGGAGGACCGAAGUGCAGGUUGUCCUUCUCCACCAUAGUCUCCGGAACACACUCCACGCUCUCUACUUCGCCCUCCACACUCACACACUCCACCGCCCCAAUCCACCCACUCGCCAGGCACGAGGACGUCUGGAGGAGGCGGUAGAGGUGUUCCGACGGUGUAUGUACUGCAGGAGUGGUCAAGCUGGGGUCCUGUCGGUGGUCGUCUGGGAUCCCGUCACCGCUCCUCACCUCGGUCCUCUUUUCCCCGCAGUAGCAGCAGGAGGCGGUACAGAAGACAUCAUGGGCCACAAGUUCCGUGUUGUGGUCAGGAGGUAUUUCCCCACCAUCGAUUUUCACCGUGUGGGUAAGGGGACGGACACCCUCGUCUCACUCAGAGACUCCCUCAACACACGUAUGCUACAAGCCAUCACUCCUCACCUCAACAUCACGUACGAGCUACACGAGGCGUGGGACGGGGAGUGGGGUGCAUUAGGUAGUGACGGUAACUGGAGUGGGCUGGUGGGGACACUGCAGCACCAGAAGGCUGAUUUCUCCACCACCAUCACCCCCACAGCCCCGAGACUCCUCGUAAUGGAACACAUCAGGAUCUACGCCUCAGACCCUUUCAUCAUCAUCUCUGCAAAGCCCCGGCCAUUAGCCCCGUCCCAGGCCCUCAUUACGCCCUUCACAGGCGAGUUCAAAAGUUAAUUCACUUCAGCUUCUCUCUCACAUGACGUGUAAACAAAUGAAUUACUAAACCAUUUAAGCAUAACCCGUCACUUAACAGAUCAGUCAGUCACUAAUCACACUUGACAGAUAAGUUCCUCAUUUAGUGCUUCCAGUCAGUGACACGUGCAAGUUGUGUCUGAUCGAUAACACUCAUGACACCUUCAGGGAAACUAUUACAAG